ACGUCACCGCCGUCAUUUCCGCCCCACAGACCCCGGAUGAAGCUGCCAUUGGGGCAAGUGAGCAGGGCCACCGAGGCUGGUUGGAUUUUAAUUUAGCGGUGAGGGGGUGGCAGCGGAUUGAAGCCCCGCUGGAUUGAUGUCGACAGGGCAGCGCAGAGCGCCAGCGAGGGCAACGACGAGCAGGGACACCGGCUAACGGCUGCUGCUAGCCGGCUUUCACUGUUAGCUAACUGGCGCGGAUCAGGGAAGCAGCUUUUCCAGCUAUUAGCCUGCAGCUUACACACCGUACGCGUCGCGAGGGUUUCUCAGUCCGACAGAACGCCUGGUGGAUGAAUGAUGUCUGCCGCUAGCAUCGACCCUCAGACAACGAAAGGACAAGAUGCAAGCAAAGCUUUUCCAGUUUCAGUGCAGAAUGGUUCCCUCCACCAGAAGGACACAGUGCAUGACAAUGACUUUGAACCUUAUCUCACAAACCAGUCUAAUCAGAAUAACAGCUAUCAAUCCAUGACAGACCCUUACCUGUCCAGCUACUAUGCCCCCUCCAUUGGAUUUCCCUACCCACUCAGUGAGGCUCCUUGGUCUACAGGAGGUGAUCCACCAAUUCCCUACCUGACACCCUAUGCCCCCCUCAGCAAUGGAGACCAUCACUUCAUGCACGACACGGUGUUCGGGCAGCCGGGGGGGCUCAGCAGCAGCAUCUACCCUCACAGGUUUAACUUUUUCCCAGAGAACCCGGCCUUCUCGGCCUGGGGCACCAGUGGUUCUCAGGGCCAGCAGACUCCGAGCUCGGCCUACGGGGGGAGCUACAGCUACCCACCGAGCUCUCUGGGAGGCACCUUGGUCCCGGAUGGUCAGACGGGUUUCCAUAGUGACACCCUGAGCAAGGCACCAGGUAUGAACAGCCUUGAGCACGGCAUGCUGGGCCUAAAGAUAGGUGGGGAAGUGACAGGAAGUGGCUCCGGUGUGAAGAACGCAGGCUCCCUCGGCGGGGGCAGUGUGGCUGCCGCCGUUGCUACGGGCAACGGCGGCACACCAAUUGGAAUGCCCCCUCCGAAACCGACAUCGUGGGCUGCUAUUGCUAGUAAACCUGCCAAGCUGCAGCAACAAAAGGCCAAGAACAAACUUGGUGCGCCCAUAGCUGGGGGAGGUCUGCCUCCACCUCCCAUUAAACACAACAUGGACAUUGAUACAUGGGAUAAUAAAGGGGCUGUCAAUAAGAUGGCCCCUCCUCUGCCCCCACAUCACCACCACCACCACCACCACCACCAACAGCCCCAGCUUCACGCCCAUGCUCCCAGUCUCCUACCCCACCUUCAACAUUCCCUGCAGUCUGCCCAGUCCCUCGUGCAGCAGAUGACCAUGCAGGGUCCCCCACUUCCUCCCCCACAGUCUUACCAGAACCACAACUCCGCCCCGACACCUCAGACACGCUGGAUGGCGCCACGCAACCGCAACCUCUGCUACGGCGGGGGAAGCCUGGACAGCAGCGGCUCCUCCAGCGGGGGCGGCGGGGGCGGGGGCGCGCCUCUGGAACCGGGCUCCGAGUCCCACCCGGUGCUGGAGAAGCUGCGCGCCGCCCACAGCUACAACCCCAAGGAGUUUGACUGGAGCCUAAAGAACGGUCGCGUAUUCAUCAUCAAAAGCUACUCGGAGGACGACAUCCACCGCUCCAUCAAGUACUCCAUCUGGUGCAGCACGGAGCACGGCAACAAGCGCUUGGACUCCGCCUUCAGAGCUAUGAACGCCAAAGGUCCCGUCUACCUGUUGUUCAGCGUCAACGGCAGCGGCCACUUCUGCGGCGUGGCCGAAAUGCGCUCGCCGGUGGACUACGGCACCAGCGCUGGCGUCUGGGCGCAGGACAAGUGGAAGGGCAAGUUCGAUGUGGACUGGUUGUUUGUUAAGGACGUGCCCAACAGCCAGCUGCGACACAUCCGCCUGGAGAACAAUGACAACAAGCCCGUCACCAACUCUCGGGACACUCAAGAGGUUCCUCUGGAAAAGGCCAAGCAGGUGCUCAAGAUCAUCGCCCAGUACAAACACACCACGUCCCUCUUUGACGACUUCUCCCACUACGAGAAGAAGCAGGAGGAGGAGGAGGUGGUGAGAAAGAGCUAUGAGCCUGCCCCCAUACAGAGCCGAUCCCGAAUCGAUCAGGAUCGCCAAAAGUAAACCGAAGACGACUGUCGAUGGAAUUUAGAUUUAAAAAAAAUGAGGAACACAUGGACAAAGAGAAAUUAACUAAUAUUUUUUUCUAUUUAAUUUGGUCAACUUUGGCCCUUGUCCAACUUCUGACCCACAAUGCUCCUGGCUCCUGGUCUCGGAGAUGCGUGCAGGGGACCAUAGUUCCACCAGUUGAAUCGCUUCAAUACGUAUUAUCAUGUUUUCUUUCUUUCUCUAUUUUUUUUAGCCUUACGAAUCUCUAUCGCUACCCCGGGAACUUGCAUUCUUAACUAAAUAUAAGUAACCAAUAUCUGCACGUCUGUUUUUGAAAGUCUCUCGACGACAUGCUGCUGAUAUUCAGUGACGGUUCACUUUGUGGUUUGUGUGUUGGAGAAAUGUUAAGUGCUUGUAUUGGUUGAUCUUAACAAGUGAACAUGACCUGAUUGGCAAAUGUCUGCUAUCUGUUUGUGGCCGGUUGUAUUUUAUAUUAUCAGAUGAAAGAAAAAAAAAAAAUGAACUUCUACACAGCCCCCUUUUUUCAUGUGAGGGGUGUUUUGGAGUUGAGAGCGUUUACACUGAAAGUCUCUGUGGACAUAAUCGUGUAAAGAUGUGUAAAUGUUAAGACGAUAUUUUGAAUAAUGUACAAACUGGUUUACAGCUGAUUCAAUCUAUUAUAAGUUGGAGAAUAUGUGUGGGAUGUCUCGCCAAGAGUGGAGCGUUAACAUUUCUUUUUCAGCCCUAUAUUAAAUUAGCGAUUUUCUUUUUCCAGAAGAUGUACCUCAAAUUCUUUCAGCUAGAGAUUCAGGGAAAGGAUGUGUGGAGAUGAAAUGCUCUUAGAGGUGGUCCCUCUCUUUCUUAUAUAAAUGAUGGAAUCACAACUGUAUGUAUGUAUGAGUUCAGGUCCGAAUUUAGUUUCUCUUUUAUUUCCCCCGCUGCUCAAACAGGAGAUCUCGCUUUGUGGGACUCCGGAGGAAAUGUAGCGUGAACUGCUUUUUGAACUCGAGCCAGGCCGGUUAAUUUAGUUUUUCUCUUUUUAAUCGCUUGUUCUUUCUUAACAGAAUUAUAAUCUUGCCAUCAUUUUCAUCGCUAUAACCUGUCCACAUCACCCUCAGACAAUGUAAGCUUUAAUGUAACGGCAUUUCUAACUGAGAUCGCCUCGAAAUGUUUAACUGUAGCAUUAUACUUAACUGAUUUAUUGUCAAGUGUAUGAAAACCCAGAGACUAGCCUACAUGGUAUAUGUUGUGACUUUUAAUCUUAAUUUUAUUUUUUUACUUUGCUUGCUGUAUUGUGUGUGUGUGUGCGUGUGUGUGUGUGUGUGUGUGCGUGUGUGUGUGUGCGUGUGCGUGUGUGUGUGCGCGCGCGCGCACGCGCGUGCGCGCGCGCGCGCAAGAAUGAAAGAAAGGCGAGGGAGAACGAUUGGGGAGCAAUCAGAGUUAUAUUACUGAUAUUGGAUUAUAGAACAUUUAUGCAAAAAAAUUAAGAAGUUUUAAAGUCACCCCUGAAUUUAAUAUCCAUUGUAUCAGGUCACUAUCACAUACUUAGAUUUGAUCAUCUCCAUUAUUAAAGAUAUACUUAUCUGUUCUCUGUGGGGUUUUAUUGUGACGAGGAUUACGUGUGCACGAUUAAAUAGAUGUUAAUAGUACAGCAGAACAAACUGUUAAAGUUAAACCAUUUUAAAACACUUUUUUAAUGUAAUUGCGGGACUGCUCAUGCGACAUAUGCCUAUUGCUUUGAUUAAUUCACAUAAACCUGCUAUAAAUGUUGUUUGGCUUUCCCGAAAAGAUGCAUCAUUGCAACAGUUUGCCGCAUUAACUUUUAACUUUCGUUAUAUGAAACAUCGUCAGCUGCAUCCUUCGAAUCCCUUUGAACGGCUGCAGUUUAAACACCAGAUGAAAUUUAGAAAACCAACUGCAAGUUCUGCAUUUAAAAAAAAAACAACCUUAAAGUAUCAGAAAAAUGUAUUCAAAGCAUCAAAAGUAAAAGUGGUCAUUGUGCUGUAAAAUGUUACA